AGUGAGAUAUUGUGUUGUGCCUUGGGGUGCUGGGUGCUUGGGGUUUUUUGCCUGCUGUGGGAAACAAAAGGGGAAAGAGGCUGGAGCUGAGUAGCUAUCCUGGGAACGUGGUCUGCAAGCACCUAGGGGUAUAAAGGGAAGGAGGCAAAGUGAAAGAGCAGGUACGUACCUGGCAGGAAAUGCUUGAACUUAAAGAGAGUGUUUUGUUUUUUUUUUGAUGUUGAGCGCUUUUUACAGCUAGUGCUUAGCAGAGCUUGUGCAGUCCCUGUUGUGACGGGUGGGCUGUGCAAAGACACUGCUGUUCCCUGGCAUUUGGUGCCAAGCACUUGCUGUUCUUAGAGGGAGAUGCUGUUGAGAAAGCUGCUCUGGGUCUGAGAGCCCCAAGCUGCUCCUGUGAAAGACGGAUGAAGAUGGUCUGUGCCCUGCUGGUGACACUGUGGCUGUGCAUGGUCCCCUUCUGCAGCAGCUCUGAACGCUGUGAUGACUGGGGCGUGGACACCAUGAAACAGAUCCAGAUUUAUGAUGGGGAACCUGCCAAGAUCAAAUGCCCACUUUUUGAGACCUUCUUGAAGUAUAACUACAGUACAGCCCAUUCUGCUGGCUUAACCCUGAUCUGGUACAGGAUCGGGCAGGACCGGGAUCUGGAGGAGCCCAUUAACUUCCGUCUCCCGGAUAAUCGCAUCAGUAAGGAGAAAGACACCCUUUGGUUCUGGCCUGCUCUUCUCAAUGACACAGGGAAUUAUACGUGCAUGCUCAGAAAUACAACCUACUGUAGCAAAGUUGCCUUUCCCUUGGAGGUUGUUCCAAAAGACCAAGACUCUUGUGUGAGCCAUUCAAUAAAACCCACUGAGCAGAUGUUCUACCUGGAGCAUGCUAAUGAGAAGAUCAUAUGUCCAGAUAUUGAUGGGUUUUACCCUGCUAGUGUGACACCAACUGUCAAGUGGUACCAGACCUGCAAGUUGGUGGAUGGCUUCAACAACCGAUACCCCCAAGGGCCGAAGCUUGUCAUUAGCAUUGUCCGCAGUGCGUAUGAAGGGAAUUACACUUGCAUUGUGACGUUCAAGGACCAUGGAAGAACGUAUAAUCUCACCAGAACUGUAAUGAUGAAGGUGGUGGGAUCUCCGAACAAGGCCUUGCCACCACAAUUCACAUCCCCAAAUGAGAAAGUCAUCUACGAACUGGAAGCAGGAGAUGAGCUUGUUCUGUCCUGUGAGGUUUUCUUCACCUUUCUGAAGGACUCCCGGACUGAGGUGUGGUGGACCAUAGAUGGGAAAAACACAGAUGACAUCAUGGACCCCAAGAUAAAAGUCACACAAAGUGAAAUUAUUGGACGUUUUGAAGACAAAACUAUCAUAAGGACUCUAACAGUUGCAAAAGCCACACCAGAAGACUUGAAACGAAACUACACUUGCUAUGCCAGAAAUGCCAGAGGGGAGACCUAUAGCCAGGCCAUAGUGCGCAUGAAAGUUAUAGCACCGAAGUACACCGUGGAGCUGGCCUGUGGACUGGGAGCAACCAUCCUGCUCGUUGUUGUGCUGAUCGUUGUCUAUCACGUCUACUGGCUGGAAAUGGUCCUCUUCUAUCGGGCUCAUUUUGGAACAGAUGAAACAGUUCUAGAUGGGAAGGAGUAUGAUGUGUAUGUGUCCUAUGCACGCAACGCGGAGGAGGAGGAAUUUGUGCUGCUGACGCUGCGGGGAGUCUUGGAGAACGAGUUUGGGUACAAGCUGUGUAUCUUCGACAGAGACAGCCUCCCUGGGGGAAAUACCACUGAAGCAGUGUUUGACUUCAUUCAGAGAAGCCGCAGGAUGAUCGUGGUCCUGAGUCCCGAUUACCUGACAGAGAAGAGCAUCAGCCUCCUGGAGUUCAAGCUCGGCAUCAUGUGCCAGAAUGCCAUCGCCACCAAGCUCAUCGUGGUGGAGUACAGGCCACUGCAGUGCACCCACCCCAGCAUCCUCCAGCUGAAAGAGUCUGUCUCCUUUGUCACCUGGAAGGGGGAGAAGUCCAAGCGCUCGGGCUCCCACUUCUGGAAGGCCCUGCGGCUCGCCCUGCCCCUGCGGAGCCUGAGCGCUGGCUCCGGCUGGAACGAGAGCUGCUCCUCACAGUCCGACAUCAGCCCGGACCCCGUCCAGAGGAGAAGGAGCCGGUUGAAAGGCCGGCCUGAGCCACUGGGUGCCACGGUCACAGGCCUUGCGCCCCGGGGGACGGCCGCGGCCUCCACGCCGAAGGCCAAGCACCGAGCCAAGCACUUCUUGGCCUGCCGGUGCUGCGGGACCUACUGUGACGGCGGCAGCAGACUGAAGCGCAAGCACCGGGCGGUGGCAGAGCCCUGGUGGGAGACCCAGAUCUGCAAGCCUGGGGUACAGGGGGGGCAGGGCAGCAGUCGCCCCGAGCCCCCGCCCGCACAGGCUCCUGCUCUCGCCCUCUGCCAGUACAGCGACCUGUCGAACAACAAUGACUUCUACGUCCUCUAGCCAAGGGACAGAGCUCGGUGGCACCACAGGUGGUGGGCCCAUGGCAGAAAUUCACUGUAUCAGACGUUUUUGCAGUAUUGCAGGCUGACUUGGUGUCUUUCUGCUUCGCCUCACUCACCGCCAGGCACAGGGGACUGCAGCAGCAUCCUGGGUGUCUCGCUGCUGCCGAUCUGAGCCAGGGACCUGCGACAACGCACAGAGCAGCGGCUGGGUGCUGCCUGUGUUGCUGGGUCCUGCUUAAUUCACACGGCAAACAUGAGCUGAACACGCCUGAGCAUCUCCCCGGUGUUUCUUUUCCCCAGCUGUGGUCUUGUUGGCUGCAGGGCUGCUGCUGGGAGGGCAGGGCCCGCCGGUGGGAUGGGAGGGAUGCAAGGGUACAGGGAUGCAGGGAUGGACACAGAAACAGUGCACCUGGUGGGAACGUCUGGGAAAGGUGGAGGCUUGCAAAAUAAGAAUAAAACUUUGCAAAUUGAGUUCAUCAGGAGCUCCAGCUGCGCAGGAGUGCACCAUGCAGCAUGGUGCUUUAUCCACUGUGGUUUAAAAGAACUUGGUCAAAACCUUUAAGUUCCUUCUCUCUAAAUAAAACAGAGUUCUUUAA